GCACUCAUUUAUGUUUCUAUCAUGCUGAUAUCUCCUGCAUACCUAUCUAUUACUAGUUAUCUAAAUUUCAUCCUAAGUGCCAGUAAAUGGAUAGAUGGAUUUCCCUGGUUAAAUUACUUAAUUUCCCUGACUUUUGCACCUCUUGCUUGGAUUCUUUGUAUUGCUUCUACUUGCAUUUGCAUUUCAUUAUUUGGAAGCUCUUUCUUGGGGCCAAACUAUGCCCUUACCUCUGAAAUCUCCAUCUACUCAAUGGAUUUUGUUAAGUGGUGGGCACUAUAUAAGGCCCAAGAAAUUUCUUCUAAAAUUCUGGCUAUACACCUCAGAGGAACAGUGCUUCUAAAUUACUGGUUUGAGAUGCUGGGUGCAAGGAUUGGAUCCUCAGUUUUACUUGAUACAGUUGACAUCACUGACCCAUCUAUGGUGUCAAUUGGAGAUGAAGUUGUCAUUUCUGAAGGUGUUUUGGUUCAAAGCCACGAGGUAAAGAAUGGAAUUUUAAGUUUCCAUCCUAUUAGGAUUGGCAAAUGUUCUUCCAUUGGACCUUAUGCUGUUAUCCAAAAAGGAAGUGUUAUUGGAGAAGGUGUUGAGGUACAGGCCCUGCGGAAGGUUGGACAAGACCAACAUGUGUUCAAACCUGCAAAGCUUAAUAAUGAUAACAAGAAAUGUUAUGUACAAAAUGCAGAACUACUCAUUACCAGCAAAACUCAAUAUGAUAUUAUCUACCACUUUAUGGGAAUCUAUCUUGUUGGCUUUCUCAGCUCCCUUGCUGCAGUCAUUGCCUACUUCUUAUAUAUUUGGUUCUCCAAGCAACCUCCAUCACCCCAACACUUUACCUUUGUUUGCAUAUGUGGGGCCUUCCAUUGGAUACCCUUUACAAUCUUUACAUAUGCUACCAUGUUUUCUGAAGUCUCAUCAAACCCCAUCAUCUUUGCCAUUUCAUUUACCAGCGCCUACUUGCUUCAUGGUUUCAUACUCAUCAUUCUCACCACUGCUUUUACUCGUCUCCUCAAAACUUGUCAAAAGAAAACCCAAUUUAAAACCCAGCUUCAAUGCCAAAUGAUAACUUCCUGCCACCUUAGAUGUGCAAAACUUCUCUCAGGAACAGAAGCCUUCUGCAUAUAUCUACGCCUUUUGGGUGCAAAAAUUGGCAAGCAUUGUUCCAUUAGAGCCAUCAACCGAGUUUCAAAUCCAGAGUUAAUGUCUAUUGGUGAUGGUGUCCAUCUUGGAGAUUUUAGCUGUGUAAUUACAGGCUUUCAUUCUUCAAGUGGAUAUGUUAGUGGAAAAGUUGAGGUUCAGGACAAUUCGGUUAUUGGUAGUCAAAGUCUAAUCCUCCCUGGUUCUCUAGUCCAAAAGAAUGUGAUUCUUGGUGCACUUUCAGUUGCUCCAAUGAAUUCUACACUUCAAGAGGGUGGUGUCUACAUUGGAUCACAAUCCCAAGUUGUCAUAAGGAACUCAGUGAAGAAUGCUUAUGAUGAAGGGAUAGAAGAGAUGGACAUGGUAAGUAAGAAAAGAGUUGGUAAUUUGGCUGCAGCACUGCACAAAAAUGACUCACAGAAAGUGACCUUGACCAGAACAUGGUAUCAGACCUUCUCCGCACUCUUCACUCAGCCACUGCUACAAACAGUGUUACCUCAUAUGGUGUUAGGUUUAGCAGUUUUUGCUCCCUUGAACUGUGUUUUUUACCUAAAGAGUGCCAAGAAUCUUCCAAUAUACUGGUUGCUUCCCUUGUUUUGGAUUCACUCGGGAGCCUUAGCCGCAUUGGCGUGUGUGAUAGCAAAAUGGAUUCUUGCAGGAAAGAAAAAGGCAGGUGAAGCAGUGCCUAUAUGGAGUCAAAGGAUCACAUUGGACAACACAUGGCAGGCCAUUAGAACCUUAGUUGGAGACUAUUUUAUGGACAUGACAAGUGGAUCAUUUUGGUUUGUGCUGUGGAUGAAGUUGAUGGGUGCAAAAGUGGAUAUGGAACAUGCAGUUUAUGUAGAUAGCAUGGGGGCCUUAUUGAACCCUGAAAUGGUGAAGAUUGAGAGAGGGGGUUGUGUGGGGAGAGAAGCCUUGCUCUUUGGACAUGUAUAUGAAGGGGAAGGAGGAAUGGUGAAGUUUGGAGAGAUCAAAAUUGGAGAAUAUGGGUUUGCAGGGAGUAGAGCUGUGGCGAUGCCAGGUGUGCAAAUAGAGAGUGAGGGCAAUCUUAGUGCUUUGUCACUUGCCAUGAAGGAAGAAAUCAUUAGAUCAAGGUGACAAAUAUUAGUAGUGCUAGCUUGUCAUUUGUGCAAUGACAAAUGCACUCUUUCUAGGUCUUGCAAUGAACAACUAGCUAGCUUUUUUACUAGAAGCUGAGUCAUUAUGAGUUACAUUUAGGAUCUUGUAUAAUUAAAUAAUAUGCAUCAUGCAGUGAAAUUCCUCUAGAAUUUCACGUGUAUUUCUCACUGUAUACUCAUAAAAGAAUAAAUAUUUAACAAGCA